AUGCCUGAUCAACGGGGAGAGCAAUGCAAGAGCAGGGGCGGGUGUCUAUGGUUGAACGAAGGACAUCCCGCUGACCGGUCUAUUAAACUCCCCUCAGAGAUCGUACAGUCAAAUCAAACAGGGAAGCUAGUAGGGACUCUCGUCGCCUCUCAGACGAUAGAGUCUACUACAGGCCUGACACAGGAAACGGACUCAAAACUCGUCUUGCAAACCGUCACCACCCGACUCCGAAAAAACGAGGACAUAGGAUGUAUUGGCAAAUCAAACGUUGGAUUCACCAAGGCUGUGGUUGCCACCUUGCGGCGAAGGAAAGCCCUAGUAAAGUUCAAGUGGGUCAAAGGCCAUAGCGGUCACCCUAGGAACGAGGGAGCAGAUAGGCUGGCGGGACUGGGUGCCCUGAAAUCAGCGCCCGACCAGGUCGAUGUUCAGGCCCCAGACGAUCUCCGCAUCUCCGGGGCGAAACUCCAGGCCAUGACCCAGCGCAUGGCCUAUACGGCCAUAAUGGCCCGCAAAGCGGCGAAGUUGCCCCCGCCCAAAGACAGUCCACGAUCUGGACACCGUCAGAGCUGGCGUUGA